AUGACUUUCUUGUCAUCAAAAGGCUUCUCUAACUUAAUAGGCUGCCAGGUUGAUGAAGACUUCUCAUUCGUAACAGAUACAAAAACUUAUAAAUGCAAUAGAGUUAUUGCUAUUUUUCUUUCACCAGCUGUUGCAAAAGCAAUAAAAUCAGAUGCAUCAUUAAACGAGUUUAAAAUCAACGACCCAAUGAAUUGCUUUGAGAUAAUAUAUAAAUCAUUACAAGGAGAACCUCUAUCAAUUGAUGUUUCAAACGCAGAUCUGAUUUUUGAUAUCGCAAAUCAACUUGGAAACUCAGAAAUUGCUGAGAUUGCAUCAGAAUACGUACAACAAGAAAUUGAUGCAUUUUCAGUUAUUUGGAAGAUAAAAGCAAAAUUUAUUUUAAAUAUAAGUUUCAACAAAGAAUUAGAAUACGCUAUAAACAACAUUGACAAGAUAAAUCUUAAGGAAUUAGCAAAAGUCGGACUGGAAUUCGUGAAUUUAUUUUUGGAAAAAAUUUCUUCCGAAACAAACAAAUAUUGCAAAGAAAUUUCAACCAUUAUACUAGAAUCCAUAGCAUUGUAUGGAAAUGACUCGUCUAUUCUUUUGAAGUACUUUCCAAUUUCAAAUUCAACGAAUGAAGAAAUCACAGAGCUAAUUAAUAAACUCUCGCCUUCAAUGAUUACAUUAGAACUAUGGAAAUCAUUGAUUUACAAGCUUGGUAUGAAUAAAGAAUCUCUUCCAGAAAAUAAAAACCAAUUUGUUCCAAACCAAGAACCAAUCGAGGAGCCAAAUGAUUUAUUCAAAGGAAUAUUCUACACUCUCAAGAUGAAAUACGAAUCAGCCGAUUUAGUUAAUGAUAAAAUUGUUGAAAUCACGUCAACAACAGGAGACACAACUAAUCUGAGCAGAAUAUUAGAUCCAAAUAAAAUAGAUUACUUUAUUACAUCAAUUAGCAAAAUUACUGAAAAUUCACCUGCAAUUAUUUUCCAUUUUAUGACAGAAAGAGUUUCAAUAUCAGCUUAUACCAUAAAGACAUCAUACCAUAAUAGAUAUACUAAUCAUAUGAUUAGUUGGGCCAUUGAAGGUUCAAAUGACGAAAUUCAUUGGGAUCUCUUAGACAAACAUGAAGACUGCCAUGUUUUAAAUGAUCCAAAUACUGUGGCAACAUUUAGAGCCUGCAAUGCUUCUUGUUAUUGGUAUCUUAGACUCAGAUUACUCGGAAAGAACGAAUCAAAGCUACCGAGAAUAUGUCUUAAUGCUAUAGAAUUCUACGGAUCAACAGAUUAUUGA